AAUUGCAACCUGUUCAAGAAUUGCCUAUUCACGAAGAAGGAUUUCUAGAUUUAGAUGUAGAAACCGCAAAAAAUAUGUUUAAAGUAGAUAGAGCCGAAUAUGCUUUCUCAACCUGGUUUACAGAAGCUAAAGAGAUAGAUUUGGCCAGUAUAAUAUUAGGAGCAGAAAAUGAAGAUGAAGCUAUGCAGAGAGCAUUCAAAAAUAAAGAUGAAGCUAUACAGAGGCUAUUUUUACAAUGCCUAUAUUGUAAUUAUUCAGAAAAAGAAAUCAAUGAAACUAUAAAAUUGGCAGUAAAUAAAGGAUAUAAAAACUGGUUGAGAUAUGUAAAAGUUCAAAUAGAAUCAAAAAAAAUCGAAGCUGGAAUAACUAAAGAGCGAGCACAAAGAAUAUUAAAUACAAUUGAUAAUUAUGAGUAUUUAAUAAAAGUAAAAUUCAUUCGAGACGAUACAGUAAUAUCAGUUGAGAAAACAAAAAAAGGCUUUAAAAUUAUUGACAAAUAUGAGCCUAUUCGUGAAUUAAAAAAAGCAGGUGGUAAAUAUGUCCGAGGUGGUCCAAAUGUUAUACUUACAAAGAAAAUGAAACCGGGCUUUUGGCUAGGAAUAGACAAAAAAUUUCUGGUUAGAGAAGUCAGUAUACAAUCCGAUGUAGAAAGACUUGAUAAUGAAGUAUUUAACUGUGUAGCUCAACGAGUAAUAGAGCAUUUUGAUAACACUAAGCGAGGGUAUGGACUCACAGAAAUUCGUCGUCAAAAAAUAAAUGAUUGGGAGAAAAAAAUACAUAUUCCAGGUGCUCGAGUACAAGAUGUAGCAGAGUUAGAAAAAAUUCUUAAACGACCGAUUAAAUUACUUGAUAUAACUCAUGGUACUAUAUUUAAUAGUAGAAAGUAUCGAUCAGGUAAGUAUGAAGAAAUUGGAAUGGAAGCUAUCAAUAAUGCCCUCAGGAGAUCUCAAGCAAUUUGGCUUAUGGGAGUGGGGGAUAUGAGUCAAACAAUAUCCCAGUUUGUUCUAGAAGAUGGUCGCACAUUUAGAACAUGGAAAAAGUAUACAGAAAUUAUAGAAGCAUGCAAACAACUGUUUCUAAAAGUUGUUGAUUUAGCAGAGCAGAAUGCACCCGAUUAUCACGUCAAUGAUGUCGUAUGUAUCGAUAUAAAAGAAUGUUAUCCAGCAAGUAUGCGAGGUCAAGAAGAAUAUACACCAUGGUUCAAUAGGUUCAGACAUCUAUCACACUACCUUGUUCGAGUUGUGGUAAAUGGAGAAUUGCCAGAGGAUGAUAUCACUGAAUUUGCGCAG